AUGGCGUCCUUCGUGCCAGAGCAGGGUCUGUCCCCCCCUGUGUGGGGACGCUGCCUCCCCCAGCAGGAGCUUCCGUCUCUGGGCCUCGAUCCGUCCGACUUCAGCCUCUACAGCCCUCCACCUCCUCCUGAGUCCAGCCCGACACCGUGGCUCCCGCCGACCAGCGGCCAGGCCGACUCCUUCCUCUGCAGCCCAGACCAGGGGCCCCUUCCUGGGGCCACAGACGGCCCUCCAGGACUCCCCCCAGCGUUCAGAGGCUUCUUACACCAUCUCUACGGCCUCCACAGGCUCCCCGGUGGCUCCUGGUUCUCCCUGUCCUCCCCGGACGACGUCCUGAGUCUGGUCCGACCGCCGUACUCCUACUCAGCCCUCAUCGCCAUGGCAAUCCAGAGCGCGCCCGAUCAGCGACUGACGCUCAGCCAGAUCUACCAGUACGUCUCCAACAACUUCCCCUUCUACAGCCGCAACAAGGCCGGCUGGCAGAACUCCAUCCGCCACAACCUGUCGCUCAACGACUGUUUCCAGAAAGUUCCUCGUGAUGAGCGCGACCCAGGUAAAGGAAACUACUGGACUCUGGACCCAAACUGUGAGAAGAUGUUCGACAACGGUAACUUCCGCCGCAAGAGGAAGAGGAAGGCCGACCUCGCUGUGGCUGACAAGAAACCGUCCGCCUCCUCGUCUUCGUCAUCAGAGCCUAGUCCUAAACUUCCCAGCAUGCACUGCGGCAGCGGCGGCGGCACUGAGCUGCCUUCUCUCCCAGACGCCACCUCCAGCUUCCUGAGUCACCUCCUUCCUCCUCCGUCCUCCUCGUCGCUGUACAUGCAGGUACCAGACCAGGCCUCCCCUCCUCCGCCUCCUCAGGGGCUCAUGUCCUCGUACUCGCCUGGCGCCGUGGUGCCUCAGUGGGAUGCCUGCAGCUCCUCUCCUCCCCUCUACUCCUCCCCUCCUCCUCCUCUUCUCUUCCCCUCUUCUCAGUCGACUCCCCCACACUUCCCCUCCGUCGCCGACCCUCAGACCGGCCUGUCGCCGCUGUACGUCGAGCUGCAGACGGCGUCCUGUCCGCUGCCGGAGCUCCAGGAGGACCAGCAGCUGCAGCAGCUGCAGGCCCAGUGUGAGCCUCUCUUCUCUGGGGGCUUCAGUGACGCUCUGCCUCUUGACUCUCUGGUUCUCCAGCAGUGA